CUGAAGACAAAAUCAUGCAUCUCUGCUUAAUUCCAUCACAUGAUGAGUCCUGGGGCCCUUCAUUUAAUCGGAGAGCAGAGCAGCGGAGAAACUUCAUUCUCACUUCUCAGUGGGGACCGGAGGAGUUCCCGUGUGCAGGCACUGGGCACUCUCUGCUCCUCUGCGCACACUGAGCCGACGCAGGGUCUCCGGCACCAUGAGCGGUGUUCACCGCCACCUCGGAUUCCUGCUCCUGACCGAAGCGGUGCUGUGUGCUGCCGCCACACGGUUUCAAGAUGUGCUGAGCCAUGGAAGAACUUCUGUCACAUCCUACAAGAAGCUACAAGGCUGGUCUAGUGAUCAAAAUAAAUGGAACGAAAAGCUUUAUCCUUUCUGGGAAGAAGGAGAUCCCAGAUGGAAGGACUGCUGGAAAGGUGGAAGGGUGACAGCCAAAUUGGACACUGAUAGCCCAGCACUGGUAGGAUCCAACGUGACCUUCGUUGUGACUCUCCAGUUUCCCAAGUGCCAAAAAGAAGAUAAUGAUGGCAACAUAAUAUACGAGAGAAACUGUACCCAGGAUCCUCCAGCUUCCCAGGAUCAGCAAGACUAUGUCUACAACUGGACUGAAUGGAUCGACAACUGUGGCUGGGAAAACUGCACAAGCAACCACAGCCAUAAUAUAUUCCCAGAUGGGAGACCUUUCCCUCAUUAUCCUGGCUGGAGAAGAAGGAACUUUGUCUAUGUGUUUCACACGUUUGGUCAGUACUACCAAACAACUGGACGAUCUUCAGUGAUGUUUUCAGUCAACACAGCAAAUAUCACUCUUGGCAAACAUGUGAUGGCGGUAUCCAUUUACAGGAGAGGGCACUCAGCAUAUGUUCCAAUUGCAACAGCAAGUGCCAUUUAUGUUGUAACAGACAAAAUUCCAAUAUUUGUGAGUAUGUUCCAAAAACAUGACCGCAACAUCUCAGACUCCAUUUUUAUCAAAGACUCACCAAUCACAUUUGAUGUGAAGAUCCAUGAUCCCACCUACUAUCUUAAUAACUCUGCCAUCUCCUACAAGUGGAACUUCGGAGAUGGAAGUGGCUUAUUUGUAGCCAGCAGUUCCACUACAUCUCACACCUAUACUCUGCAAGGGAACUUCACUCUGAAUUUAACUGUCCAAGCCAUUAUACCUGUACCUUGCCAGCCAGUAACACCCACUGCAGUACUGCCCACCUCAGCAGUAACGACCGGAGUAUCUUCUAAUUCAGACACUUCUACCGCUGUCGAGUCAAUGGAAGAUAAUCCUGAUGGAGGCUGCCAUAUUUACAGAAAUGGAUACUAUAGAACUGGUAUCUCUAUCGUAGAGGGAAUCCUUGAGGUAAAUAUUAUUCAGAUGAUGAGCAUCCAGAUGACAGAAAGUCAAGCUGAAAACUCACUGGUUGACUUUGUUGUUACCUGCCAAGGGAGUCUCCCCACAGAUGUCUGUACAGUAGUUUCUGACCCGACAUGCCAGGUGUCCAAGAGUGUGGCAUGCGACCCCAUCAUCGUCACUGAUGAAUGCCUACUCACCAUCAGGAGAGCUUUUGAGGAACCUGGAACAUACUGUAUAAACAUCACCUUGGGGGAUGACACAAGUCAAGCCCUUGCCAGCGCACUGAUUUCUGUAAAUGGAGGAUCAUCAUCAGGAACAACAGAAGGUGUCUUUAUCUUCCUUGGUUUGUUGGCAGUGUUUGCCGCCAUUGGGGCUUUUGUCCUUUACAAGAGAUACAAGCAAUACAAGCCUAUUGAGAGAAGUGCAGGACAAGCAGAGAACCAGGAGGGACUAACUGCUUACUUCAGCAAUUUCAAAGCAAUUUUCUUCCCUAAUAGCACUGAGAGAAAUCCUCUCCUGAAAAGCAAACCAGGCAUUGUUUAAAUGUUUAGUCUAACACUGACUAUUAGAUUACGUACAGAACUCAUAUCUGAACUGUACUUUGAUGGGGUUUUCUUGUUGUUAUAAAAAAAACAGGGGGUAAGGUGAAAGCACAUAUAGAUGGAAUGGUAACUUUUGGGGGCUUGGUGAAAUUAGAAAUAUUAAAAUAGUCCUUCAUAGGAAACAGUAAGGUAGUUUUGAGCACUCGCUGUUCUUGCUUGUGAUCUAGGAUACACUCUUCUGAAUAACUUACAACCCACUCUCCCUUAUCUGGGUUUUCUUACUUCUAGGUUAACUACCUGCAAAACUAAUCAGAUCCAUAAUCUGGAGGGGGAAAACAGGUUAAUUUAAAAAAAAACAACAACAAAAAACAAAACCCAACUGAAAAACAACUUGUAAAUACUUAGUCUUAAAUAGACAGUCUGGUAUAGCUGCUUGCUGCCUUAGCAGGAUUCAUGCCUUUGCUAGAAAGACAUGGGGGGCAGACACAUGUUAUGUCUGUGGAAUGAAACGUGCCAUGGCCUAUUCCCAGGCAUUGGCACUGAACCACUGACACUGUUACACUGUUCAGGAGGUCCUAGCACAGUCUUGCCCCAGGCGGGCUAGCUCCCCACCAAGCAAACCCCAGAUUCUGGGAACCACCAGAGGCACUGUUCCCCACCAGGAGUUUGGCAGCAGCCACCCUGUUUUGCAGGGUUCAAUAGCAUGGAUGCAGCUCAUUAUAUGCCACUUGGCCUCAGGGCCAGAAAACAGGGCUGGACACAUUUAGUUUCCUACUGGACAUGGCUACCAGUGCACAAGUCUCACUACAAACUAGACCACAGACACCCGAGCAACAAGAUGAGGCCCAUCUGCUUGGCUCUCCCUGUUGAAACUUUUACUCUGAGUCCCAUGUAAAAUCCUUAGAUGCAAUUGCUGAUGCCAUCUUUGUCUCCUUUGUUUCCGUUGGUCUUGGAGACACUGGACUGGCACCACUGCUCCCCAGAGGGCAGAUGUGUGCUCCAUGUACAAGGGUCAGCAGAACAAGGGUUCUAGCAGGAAGGGGUAGCAUUCAACUCCCUUUUCCCCUUCUCCUUUCAUUCCUCUCUCUCCUGCUGUAAAGAUACAUUAAUUUCUGCUUGCUCCUCCAUCCCUCUGUCUUUGACCACUUCAUCAAAUAAAUGAAAACUGCAAUAUAAAUAAAGCACUCUGCUCCAGUUUCUGCUUUUGCAUGAUGCAGCUUAGAAAGCAUAAACUUCUGCAAAAUGAAUGUGCCUUCACUUGUUUACUCUAUCUGCAAUUCUGUGUUAAGAAAACUCACACUGAGGCCUUUCCCAAGUGAUCUGGUCUUCUAGCCAUACAUGCUCAUCAUUCUGCAUUGUGGCGUUUCACAGCAUGAGACCAGAAGCGAACUGCUGAGGGCUGGAUUACUGGAUGAUGAGAAAAGGAGAGCACCUUACUUGUAGAUGGGAAGAGGUUGCUAAAAAGUUUCACUGAGAUGAGAAAACAGACCAAAAAUGCUUUAAAUACUUCAUUUUCCGUAAGAGCCUUGCUAUUAAUAUUAAAGGUUAUAAUCAAAAUGAAAUUAACUUUCAUCUGGGGGCUGGGAAAAUGACCUUACACAAUCCAUUUCUAAACACUGAAUUCUUUGAAGAUCUGUAUUGCAAUAUAAUUAGCUUAUUUACUGUGUCUUGGAACAUCUCUGAUACAUAUUGUUCUCAGUUCCUGUGGCGAUAUAUAAGCAUAAACGUAUUUUCCUGGUAUCUUA